CCCCAUCUAUCCUCCCAUCUCCAACUCUCCCCCCCCCUCCCCCCUCCGAAUCGGCCGGCACUUCCACGACACCAGCCAGGCUAGGCUCUUGUUACCUUUUGCCCUGUCGUCCACCUGCGGCAGCGCUCACGACGGUAGAGAAUAUGUCAUGGGAGACCCCGACCCUGACAAUACUCUGCAUCGUCACCUUCGGUCUAUGGUGGUAUCGUAACCUGCAGUCCGGCACCCCCAGCAGGUCAGGCCACCUGCACGCCGGUCUCACCGGCCUCGCCAUCCUCUACGACUUUCGUGGCCGGGCCCGGGACUGGUGCACAUCUACGUACGACGCCGCCAUCAAUGCCACGCCGGUAGAGCAGCUCAAGAUGGCGCUGACUCUCGGCGCAAUCGUAUGGCUGCUCCAUCGAUCAUGGCAAACUCUCUGGAAGCCCGUGCCAGAGCUCGUCAAUAUCCUCGGCGUCGACAUACCACUCCCUCCCGAUGUCUGCCUCGCCGGAAUAGGAGCAGAUUCCGCGACCCUGAGCUGGACGCGGCCGACAUACCGUCCCGUCCAGAGAUAUCUGAUACAAGUGAAUGGAGUCCUUGUGGGAGAGUCGCCAGCGAACGAAACGGCCAUCACCGUCACAGGGCUGAAGCCAAGCCACUUCUACAAUAUCCGAGUCGUCGCGGUCGGUCAGAACAACUUUCGCACGGGCAGCCCCCUCAUACGUCUUAAAACCUUUGGCAAAGAUGGGAGGCCGCAACUGGGCAACUCGCGGUUGCCUACGAGCUUUGUUGACCCCGACCACCCCCGAGAGAGCGGCAACGAGAGCGAUAACUCCGACAGGCCCGCGCUCCCAUUCCCGGCGGUCGAGGCCGCGGCGGUCCUGGAUACCGGUGCCACGGCUGCUUCCCGGGAUACCGGGCCAGUCAUAUCUGGACAGCGUCGGAAUACCGUAAAUCGACGGCAUUCACCAUCCGUGGCCAGCACCGAUCAGCCUCAAAUAAAGCCGCCUGUGCCAUCCGAGAUGGAGAUGUCCUUGGCCGAGCUCAACGAAAAGUUCGAAAGCAUCAGAAAAGAGAUCGAGGACACACAGGUCCUGUACGCCAAGGACGAGGCAGAGUCGCAACAACAAGAGGAGGAGUUGAGGAGAGAAAAGGACCGCAAGCGCCAAGUCCUCAAGGAGAAGGAAGAGCAGACGACACAGCUCAGGGCCAUGAUACGGUCCACCAUGGAACAAAUGCGGGCCGCAGAAAAGGAACGAGCAAAAAUGGAGCAGCAACUGAAGGACAAGGAGUCCAAGAAGACCAAGGUUAGGGAUACCAUCGCAAAAUACGAACACGAGGUGGAGAGAAUGAGACGCGAACGCGAGGGCUUUGACGCCCAGAAGACCGAACUCGCCAAAACCCGCGACAGGGACGUUGAGAAGCUCGAUCAAGACAACACGGAACUUCAGGAGAAUUGCGCCGCGCUAGAGGCAGAGCUAAAGGACAAGGGCAAGCAAUUGCAGGACCUCAAGGAUGCUAGAAAGCUACUCACCGGUGCCGACGACGAGCAAUGGAAAGAGGAGGACAUGCAGAUGAGGCGUGAGUGGGAACUUAGGAGGCGCGAUAUGCACGCCCGACUCGUUACCGACACCAAGACUGGCCACGUUUUGGGACAGCAGAUUAGGGGAGCCCUGGAACCGCUGUACAGCCUGCAGCAACAGACCGGUGCCGCAUACUACGGCGCCCCAGGCGCCUCCAACAUGGACUUUGACUUGCCGCCGUCUGCCCAGCGCAAGAGGCUGAGUCACGGUAGCAACACUUUCCCGGCCACGAGUCUUCCAUCUCCAGAGCGUCUUCCUCCAGCUGAGCCCAACUUCCAAACCUCCAUUGGAUUUGGCAACCCCAGUUUCGCCCACGGACUGUUCAUGGACAUUGCGGGUGAUGGUACCAACGAAGCACAGACGGAGGCCGAGCUUAAGGCCACCGGUGGUCCGCUGAGUCCCUCGGCGCAGACUCUGCUUCCGUCGAACAUUUUCGAAGAGAGCGAGGAUGCGGACACGAUGGAGCCCAGAAGCCCCAUCUUGCCAGAGCCCAUCACCGCGGGCGAGGACGGGCCGUCGUAUGGGCCGCAAUCGCCGGCGUCGUCAAUCAUGUCUUUUCCCGUCUUCUCAAGCCCACAGGGUUCCUCGCAGCAUCUGCCUUUCCCGCCAUACACGGACAACAGUGACCGGAACUCGCUGCACAUGAACUCGUCGCCGCCGCCGCCUAUUCCCGCUGGCCAUAAGAUUGCCAGCUUCCUCUCAACCUUUCAGCGCAAUCGGGGCUCCAGGGCAUCAGACGAAGGGGGUCCGCCGAUCGGCACGUUGAAGCCCGGGCAAAGCCAGUCUUUUCCGACUGUGUCUGAGGAAAAUGAGCCUGUGGUAACCCGACGGCGGCUUAAUUUUCCAUCUUGGAUGAACCGCAAUUCUGUUGGGCCAGACACCGGGACGCCGGGCCCCCCUAUCACGGUCUCGAGACCUUUGUCUGCGUGGCGGCUUAGGGGCUCGCCAUCUGCGGCGUUCCCAGACCGCGAUCGCGAGCUGUCUCGGCCAGCCUCGAUAGCGUCCACGGAAUUGCCUCGGCCCUCAACAGACAGCGGUUCCAUCUGGGGUGCACCCGGCGAGGCCCUCGGUCUAGGCAAGAACCGAUUGUGGUCACCGAACGACGGUCGUUGGGCCUCUCGGAGUGGCUCUAGGCGCCCAUCGCUGCAAGGGUCCAACCCCCUGACGACGACUCUUGCGUCCGCGGAUGACGAGAUCUUGGACGAUGACGACCUGCUGGACCCGCACACGAUGCCUAGUCAGGUGGGCGUCAUUGGGUCGCGGCCCCCUGGCUCUUCCAAGUCCAUGAGCCAACGCCUGAAUCCCAAUGCUCCUACUUUUAUGGGCAACAUGGGCAAUAUCUUUAGAAAAGAUAGGGACAAGGAAAAGGAUCGUACCAAGGACAAGGGCAAGAGCUCGACGGUGGGCACUCCGAGCAUAGAGCUGCCACCGAGCUUCGACGACUCGCCGUCGGACUCCCGGAUGUCGCGAGACACGCAGUCAGUCCACACGCAGCCGUCAGUCUCGGAGUCUCAUGAGUCGCUGCAGCUCGACUCAGCAGUGUCGAACACGGCGUCGGAGACGAACCUGGCGGCGACGCACUCGAAGGACCCUGAAAAUGUUGUUAAGAAACUAUUCCGUAAAGGGAGUUCCAGCAAGUUCAGCCUGUCCUCGAGGCUGGGCAAGGACUCUGGCUUGUUCAAGAAGACUCCCGGCAGCGCCAGCAACUCGGACAAGAACAUGUCGGCCGAGCACAGGUCUAGCCUGGGCGACUUGGACGACCUCGGGGAGGACGUGGCCAUACUGGGCCGCAGCUAUGACAGCAUGGCGAGUAGCCCAUCGUUAGGCCCAUCCAAGUCGAAGGAGAGUCGGGAAGGCGGCAGGAUGAGUUCGUGGCGCUUCUCCAUGUCUUCAAUUAAGAAGAAGGGCAAGGAUACGCCGGCGAAGGAAAAGGAGAGUCUAGAAAUGGACAGACCCCAGGAGGACGAGUAGCGAGGGGCUGGCUGGCGGGCUCUCUCAAAUAUCUGGCCUACAGCGUCUGACAGCGCAGUUCCAAUAGACCUUACAAUGCAGC